AGUUCACAUUUCAAAGAGUAAAGAAGAGACUCAGAGCUUCUGAAGAUGGCUUCCAUGGCGUCACCUACCACCUGCUUGUACCGCAUGAGUCGCCGUAAAUGCCGGAAGAAUGUUUUUUCCAGUAGUCGACAUAUCAUUGCUUCGAUUUCAGAUGACAAUCAUCCAAAGCCAAUUGGUCGAAGAGAGAUAAUUCUUAGGAGCAGUGAAUUAGCUAUGAUCGGAGCUAUUUUCCAGCUCAGUGGGGAAAAACCGGAUUAUCUUGGAAUACAGAAGAAUGAGAGGUUGGCUCUAUGUCCUGCGACAAAUAACUGUAUAUCCACUUCGGAGAGUAUCACUGAUCAAGUACAUUAUGCUCCACCAUGGAACUAUAAUGGAGGAAGGAAAACACCUGUGAACAGAGAAGUUGCAAUGAAAGAACUUCUUAAUGUGAUUAAGUCGACGAAACCGGACAAAUUCACCCCUCGGAUUGUGGAGAAGAAGGAUGACUAUGUUCAUGUGGAAUAUGAAAGUCCAAUCUUAGGGUUAGUAGAUGAUGUUGAAUUCUUGUUUCUUCCGGGGAAGAAGUCGACUGUAGAGUAUCGAUCUGCAUCCCGUAAAGGGAACUUCGACUUUGAUGUGAACAGAAAGCGAAUAAAGGCACUGCGACAAGAGCUAGAGAAGAAGGGAUGGGAAUCGGAGAACAGCUUUUGAUUAUGAUUAAAAAGAAUUGCCAUAUUCUUGUAGUCUGUUAUGUGUAAGAUGAUAUUCAUGCACAUGCCAUAUGUAAAAACAAACAUUGUCAUAAAUGAGAGAAACAGUGUUUGACACAA